CAACGACGUCGUUUUCAUCUCCGUACUGCAAUUCAGCUCGGCUUCAUCGUAAUCGUUGACUAGGAUCUCGUCCAUUUUGCUCUUUUGCCAAUGCUCCGGCCUUCAUUUCAAUGUCGUAAUUCAUCUAUAACACAGAAAUUUCGAAAUUCGGAAAUUCUAUGUUCGAAAUCCGAGCAAAAGCCUCAUAAAUUUCCAGUCAACGCUCGUCUCGCCAGCCCUUGUUCUUGAAUUCGUUCCUCCGAUCUCAGUUACCUGUAUUAGCAUCUGGGUUCGGCAAUUCUUUGCCAUUUCUCAGAUGGGUCGUAAGCAAAUCGACCAAGAAGCCUCUCGUUUAACCCUACCGAUCCUAAUUUUGGUUAGUUUCAUCUCCUGCGCCGCCGUGUACACGUUUCUCCCUUUUUUGUUCAGACUCAACGGCGGCGAUCCUUCCAAACUUGAAUCGUUCGCAGUGAUUAGAGAUGGUGAUGCCGGAAAUUUGGAAGGUGGAGCCGAGGAAUGUUGCCGGGGAAUCGAGAAUUUGGAGUAUUGGGGUCCGGCUGUGAAGUGGGGUUCUGAAUUUAAGUUCAAUUCCUCUGAGCUGUGUUGUAAGGCUUGUAAAGCUAUGUGCAACGGCAAUGAUGGGCCUUGCUUGUGUGAUACUUGGGUUUAUUGUGGAAAUCGAAAGGAAUGUGGUUCAAAAUUUGGUGAAUGUUGGCUGAAGAAACAGAAGGAUACAUUGGCCCCUGAUCGGCAGGAAGGAGGGACAACAAGUAUUUGGACAUCUGGGCUUAUCUUUGGAAGAGGAGAGGGAAUCGUUGCGUUGGAGACCGACCAUGGCACGCUUCAUAUCAAGCUCUUCCCUGACUGUGCUCCCCAUUCUGUUGCCUACAUUCUUGAGUUGUUGGAAUUACGACAUUGCGCUGGUUGCCACUUCUACCGUGCCGAGGGUCGAGGCCAAUCUUGGGACUCGAAAGGAAACCCCAUAGAAAACGCUCCUUUAGGUCCUCCGUUUGCACUUAUUCAAGGAACACUGGAAACCCAAGGGGAACCAUUUAAGAAGAUUUCCCCUGAAGUUUGCCCAUACAUAAAGCGCGGUUCGGUAGCGUGGGUUGGUUCGGGACCGGAAUUCUUCAUUAGUCUUGCAAACCACCAAGAAUGGAAUAAAGUGUACACGGUGUUCGGUUCGGUUCUCCCAGAAGACAUGGAAGUUGCAGAGAAAAUUGCUGGACUUCCUACCAAGCCCGAUGUUUGGAACAAUGUCAACGUUUCGGUGUUGCAAGAACACGUUCCGUUGCGGUUGAAACGAAUGAAGAAGAGUCAUGGAGAUCUGAACAUGAAAUCAGAUUGAUAUUUUGGUUAUACCACUUCUUUUUCACAUAAUGUUCUUGAGUUUCUUUAAGUUCACUUAUUUUUCUUUUAGCUGUUUCACUCUUAUAUUCCAUUUUGGACAGUUUUUAUUAUGCCUCAUAAAGCUAUCAUAGUUUCUUACUCAUAAGAAAAAGAAAACAAAAUCA